AUGGCCAUGUCUCAACCAGCAAACCAAAGCGAACAAGCUGAGCUCGACUCAGCGAAGUUAGAGAUAUCUUCCAGUGCCCCAAUCAAGCGAGAAAUAGAAGGCGAUCUCUUUGACGCACCCAGCGGAUCUGUUCUGAUGCAUGCCUGCAGCGCCCAGGGCGUAUGGGGAAAAGGCAUUGCCCUCGAGUUCAAAAGAACCUACCCUGCAGCAUUCCAGAUAUACAAAACCUACUGCAUGGAGCAACUGAGCAAUCCGGGAACUCACGAUAUCCCCAACAAAGUUGGCAAUCGUCCUCCGCGUUUGUAUGCUCGCUAUCCUGUUGGUACGACUUUAAUCAUUCCACCACAAGAUGAGGAUCAAAAUAGAGGUCGCCCAGCACAUUGGAUUGCCUGCAUGUUUACCUCGUAUGACUAUGGAAGGCGAAUCGAUAGCCCACAAACCAUCAGAAUCCAUACCGCUGCUGCUUUGGAUGAUUUGAAGAUCCAGCUUGAAAUGAUGCUGUCCGAGGAUCAGAGUCAGAGUCAGGGUGCUGAAUGUCCUAAGGAGCUUUACUCGUGUCGAUUCAAUUCGGGUCUGUUCCACAUUCCUUGGGCGAUGACAAGGUUCACACUUGAGAGAGCGCGCCUCCCGUUGCCUUUGACUGUGGUCUAUCCGCCGAAUAAUUGA